UCUGUAUUAAAACUAGAAUUCAAUAAACAGCUGAGAGACAACUGAUAAUAAUAAAGACCCAUACGUCUUUAUAAACCGACACAGAAAUCAGCUCAAAGAAUCAAUAUUUAAUUUUUUUUAAUUAAUAUUUUUGAAUUUGUUUGCUCUCUCCAAGCCCACUCUUCCUAUGACCUCUAAUAAACAAACUAAAACUUCGGGCUGUUCAAUAUAGAUGCGGAUUACGUGAAAAACCUUCGGCGACAACACUGAAAAUAUAAAUUAGUUUGAGGAUGUAGAAUAUUUUAAAAUCACCAUUUUGUGAAUCUUUUUCAACUGCUUUGUUUAUAAUUAGAAAUUAGCAGACAACUUUCAAUAUAAAUUGAUUCCAGCUACUUGUGAACACAUAUAUAUGCUAGGUAGACCGGUCUCCAUUAGUGACUCAAACAAACAAUCUCAAAGAUGUCCCUAAAAUAACCUAACCUAAGCAGCCGUACAGCAAUGCCUCUUUAGUACUUUUGUGUUUUAUACAGUGGGCACAUCCAGUCGUUUUAACAUCACGAAAUGAAUCGCGUGCUUUCAAACGUACUAAGUGAGACGAAACUUGUAGCCGUAUUUAUGACAAAAAUGGAUUGCAAAUCCAUUUUGGCCAAUAGAUAAUCACAUCAAACUCCAGAGCUAUUCGAAUGGCGACAUCGUAUUAUGAACCUUUUUCUCAGACCAAUAAUGGCACAGCUUCGCAUUUCGUUUUAGGAAUAGCUUCGCAUCUCGUUUUAGGAAUGCUGCGUUCAUUAGUAACACGCGUCUUGAGUGUUGUCUCACGGCAGUCCCAAGAAUGUAUCCGGGAUACUGCUUCCAGUCCGAUGCCUACCCCGCAAAUCCCGAUUGUUCAACAAAUCCGACACAGGUACUUUGUUCGGGUGCCAGGUCCUUUAAAUGACGGCCUAAUUCCUGAUAAAGUCUUAGAGUCCAUGCACAAAGCAGGUCCGCCACCAGCAAAACCGAAGCCUCGAUGCCCAAUCGAUCAUAAACCGUUCAUGAAGGGCGUCGUUAUUAAAACAGUGAUCAAGAAGCCGAAAAAGCCGAACUCGGCCAACCGAAAAUGUGUUCUUGUUAGGCUGUCAAAUGGCCGCGAGGCAACCGCAUAUAUCCCUGGCGUAGGCCACAAUCUACAGGAGCAUUCAAUUGUCCUUGUACGCAAAGGCCGCACACAAGACGUGCCUGGAUUGAAACUCAAAGUCGUCCGUGGAGCGUACGACUGCGCCCAUGUUGUUCGGAAACCUCAGAGUUAACUGCGCAAAAAAGCGGAGCAUGUCUAAGGUGGACAUCUAAUGAGGUAGUUUGUGCUUCGUUCUUGAAGGAAAGCAAUCAUUAUAUAAAAGAAAAAUCAUU